CCGCCGCCGCCGCCACCGCUGCUGCCACCACCGCUGCCACCGCCACCACGGCCAUGCCUCUGCUGAAGAAAGCGUCCAGGGAGGAGGAGGAGGAGGAGAGCGGCGCCGGCGACCCCUUCGCCGCCAGCCCCGAGAGCCGCUACCGGCGACGGGCCACGCUGGAGCGGCUGGCGGGGCUGGCGGCCUUCGGGCGGGCGCGGGGGCUGCGGCGGCGCUCCGAGGACGCGGGGCUGCUGCGGCGGCUGCCGGGGCGGCGGCAGGGCGGUGGCAGCGGGGACGCGGCGGCGGGGACCGCGGUGGCGGCGGGCGAGCGGCCGGCGGGCAAGCGGGGCUCGCUGCUGCGCCUGGCGCUGGGCGCCCGCCCCCGGCGCCCCUCGCUGCCCGAGCGCCCCGCCGCCGCCCGGCCCCACGGCGGGGACGGGGACGGCGGGGACGGCGGGGACGGCGGGGACGGGGGGCGGCGGCACGAGGGACGCGGCAAGGCCAGGGAGCCGCUGUCGGUGCUGGAGAUCCUGGAGCUGAUCCAGCGGCGGGAGCUGGUGGCGGCCGACGAGCAGAUCAUCGCGCUGGAGGCCGAGUGCGCCGGGGCGUCCCCGUCGCCGGCGGGUGACAGCGGCGGUGGCCGCCAGGCGCGGGACGUGGCGCUGCUCUACGAGGCGCUGCUGGCCCAGCUGUGGGCGGUGGUGGCCGAGGCGGUGCCGGCCGGGCGCCCCUACCCGCCGCUGCGCGGGGCCGUGCGGGUGCUGCAGCAGGAGGAGGCGGCCGACCGCCGCCGACCGCCGCCCGCCCCGGGAUGUCCCCGCGGCCACCUCCGCCGCCGCUGGCAGGAGGCCGUGGGCCGGGCGGCCGCCGAGCGCCUGGCGGCGGCGGCCUCGGGGACGCCGGGGACGCUGCCGGCCCGCCUGGCCGCCCUGGGCGCCCGCCUGGCGGGGGACAUGGGGGCCGUGCGGCGGCACGUGGCGCCCGCCUACCCCGGGGACUUCGGCGCCCUGGGCGUCUACGCCGGCGCCUACCACCGCGCCCUGGCCCAGCAGCUGGCCGCCCUGGCCCGCCGGCCCCUGCCCGCCCCCGACCUCUACGCCCUGCUCGACUGGCACGCCAACGGCUACCCCAGGGAGGUGCUGGGGGACCCCGAGGUGGGGGCCCUGCUGCAGGCGCAGGACCUGGGGCCCCUCCUGGACCCCGAGACCCAGCGGGGCCUCGAGAGCUCCUGCAUCGCCGCCGUCAAGGCGAAGGUGGAGGUGGCCAUGGCGCAGGAGCUGCAGCUCAGCGAGGACACGUGGGCCGAGGAGGCCACCAGCGACGAGCUCGAGGAGGGCCUGGCCACCCGCGUCAUCGGGCUGCUGCGGGCGCACGUGGAGCGGGCGCCCCAGAUCACCCCCGAGUUCGGCAUGGAGAUGGCGCACAGCCUCCUGGGCGUGCUGGUGGCCUUCCUGCACAGCUUCCAGCGCAAAGUGGAGCGGUUCCUGGAGGCUCCCGGCGAUGCCACCGCCGUGGACGGGGCCACCGGCAGGGCCAUCGCCUUGGUCAACUGCUGUCCCCCGUUCAGGGCCUUCGCGGAGCAGCUGGCGCAGGUCGGGCACGCGGAGAGCGAGGAGCCGCGGCGGCAGGCCCACGCCACCCUGGACAAGGUGACCCGGCUCUGCAACCACGUCCUCACCCGGCGCCUCUUCGAGGACCUCAAGCCCUACUUCCACAAGCUGAUGAAGCGCAAGUGGCUGACGAGCUCGGAGGCCUUCGACACCAUCGUGCUGCUCAUCACCAGCUUCGCCCAGAAGCUGCGCCCGCUGCGCCCUGAGCCCUACCAGGUGCUGGUGAACGAGGUGCACCGGCGGGUGCUCAUCGAGUACGUGCGGCCGCUGCUGCAGGGGCGCCUGGUGUGCAGCUCGGCCAAGAUGCGGGCGCGCGUGGCCGCUCGCCUGGGCGACGAGGCCCGGCAGCUGCGCGAGCUCUUUGGCCGCCUGGACGCCUCCUCGCCCUGGCUGGACUCGGCGGUGCCGCGGCUGCGGGAGCUGCUGGUGCUGGAGGACACGGCGUCGCUGCAGAUGGAGGUGGCCGUGCUGGUGCGCGACUUCCCCGACGUGCGGAGGAAGCACGUGGCGGCGGUGCUGGACGUGCGGGGGCUGCGGAGCCAGGCGACGCGCCAGGAGAUCCUGGCGGUGCUGGGCGACCGGGAGCAGGGCGAGGGCGAGGCGGCGCCGGCCCGCCAGCGCGCCUUCUUCGCCGACAUCGCCGUGGCCCGCGAGGUGCGUUGCCUGCCCUUCGACCUGCAGCGCCUGGCGCGCCUCUCCCGCCUGCGCCUGCGACGCCCGCACCCCGCCCAGCGCCGCGCCCAGGCCCGCCUCUGAGCCCCCGCCGCGGGCAGCGCGGGUGCCGGGGGCACGCGUUGCACCGGGGCUGCGCGCGUUGCAUUGCACCGGGGCUGGGUGCAUUGCAUUGCACCAGAGCGGCGUGCACUGCGUUGCACCGGGGCUGGGUGCACUGCGUUGCACCGCCUCUGCGUGUGUUGCAUUGCACCAGGGCUGGGUGUGUUGCAUUGCACCGGGGCUGCGUGCAUUGCAUUGCACCAGAGCUGCGUGCACUGCAUUGCACCGGGGCUGCGUGUGUUGCAUUGCACCGGGGCUGGGUGCAUCGCCGUGCAGCAGAGCUGCGUGCAUUGCAUUGCACCACGGCUGGGUGCAUUGCAUUGCACCAGAGCAGCGUGCAUCGCUUUGCACCACGGCUGGGGCAUGCAUUGCACCGGGGCUGGGUGUGUUGCGUUGCACCGGGGCUGGGUGCACUGCGUUGCACCGGGGCUGCGUGUGUUGCAUUGCACCGGGGCUGGGUGCAUCGCCAUGCACCAGAGCAGCGUGCAUCGCCUUGCACCACGGCUGGGUGCAUGCAUUGCACCAGGGCUGCAUGCGUUGCAUUGCACCAAAGCUGGGUGCAUCGCCUUGCACCACGGCUGGGUGCCUCGCCUUGCACCAGGGCUGCGUGCAUCCCCUUGCACGAGGACUGGGUGCCUGCAUUGCACCACGGCUGGGUGCCUGCAUUGCACCAGGACUGGGUGCCUCGCCAUGCACCAUGGCUGGGUGCCUGCAUGGCAUGAGGACUGGGUGCAUCCCCGUGCCCCAGGACUGGGUGCUUCCCCUUGCAGCAGGGCUCACUGCAUGUGUCACCCCGUGGCUGGGUGCACGUGUCACCGCAGCGGUGGGUGCAGGCGUCACCGCAGCGCGGGUGCGUCGCCCCCCACCCAGCCGCCCCCGCCCCGGCCCCGGCCCCGUCUCCGGUGUGGAAUAAAUAAACGCAGUAAUUUAACGGCA